AGAGAUUUGAUGUGGGGUCGCUCCGUGUUCGGCAGCAGUUGCAUGCCGGGAACUUUAGUGGACUUCAUUCCCCAUCGUCCCAAUCCGUCUAGUCAGUCAGAUCCCUUUCUAACCAUGGCGGAGCUCCAGGCUAAGUUUGAUGCUGCAGCAGCUGAGGUGAAGCAGCUGAAGGCCAAGCCAGCCGAUGAAGAGAUGCUGCAGGUCUACUCGUUGUUCAAGCAGGCCACUGUCGGGGAUGUCAACGCAGGUCGUCCAGGGAUGUUUGAUUUUACCGGUAAAGCCAAAUGGGAUGCCUGGGAGAAGCAGAAAGGCAAGAGCAAAGAGGAUGCCAUGGCGGAGUACGUCAGCCUGGUGGAGCAGCUGAAGGAGAAGUAUGGAAUCUAAAGACACAUGGUGGUUGCCGGCCUGAGAGCAACACCAUGCCGGGAAACGCCUUAAAGUCAGCGAGUUUGUCCUUCCGCAACUAAGACGGGGGGGGGCUAGUGAAGAACCACUAAGUGUCCUCCACUAGAGUAGCAUCAUACUUCAACCAUUGUAUCUGUGCAGAAUCCUGACAUUUCAAUAUAAAAAAAUAUUUCUACUC